AAACCAAUCACCCGGCCCAUAAAAAACCUAAACUAGUUGAUGAGAACAAGGAGUAUAUAAAUAAACAUCUUCCCAACCCUAAACCCUCUACACUCUCAGCCUCCCUCACUUAAUUCCGAUUUCUCUGAGGCUCGAAUUUCUUCAAACCUAAUUCCAGCCUUGCCAAAAUGUUUACUUCAUUGAGGAAAAUACAGAAAGAGAAGGGUGUAGACCCUACUGAUUUUGAGGAGUCUGUUGCUCAGGCAUUUUUUGACCUUGAGAAGAACAACAAGGAUUUGUCAAGUGAUCUGAAGGAUCUGUUUAUCAAUUCUGCUGCUCAGGUUGACAUCUCAAACAACCGCAAGGCUGUUGUUAUCCAUGUCCCCUACAGAUUGAGAAAAUCUUUCCGCAAAAUUCACCACCGGUUGGUGAGGGAGCUUGAGAAGAAGUUCAGUGGCAAGGAUGUUGUUGUGAUUGCCUCUAGAAGGAUCGUGAGGCCCCCAAAGAAGGGCUCCGCAGCAAAGCGUCCUAGAUCCCGUACUCUCACUUCAGUGCAUGAGAAUAUCCUUGAGGACCUUGUGCAACCAGCUGAGAUUGUUGGAAAGCGCUGCAGAUACCGCCUUGAUGGCUCCAAAAUCAUGAAGGUUUACUUAGACCCAAAAGCCAAGAAUGAUACCGAGUACAAGCUUGAGACAUUUUCUGGAGUCUACAGGAAACUUUGCGGAAAGGAUGUAGUAUUUGAAUACCCAAACACAGAAGCUUAAGUUUGCAUUUCAGCAUGUCAUCAGAGUUUUUGUGUUACAAUUGUCUAUUUCUCUCUUAAGAUAGUUACUACUUUAUCAAGUUUUGGCCAUGACCUCUAAUUGCGUUGUUAUGUAGGAACAAGUACAAUUAUGAGAUUUCUUUUUAUGCCAGAGAUUUUGGGUAUUGUGAAA